AUGUAUAUCACCGAUCAUAUUAAUCAGGAUAUCCUUAUUGGAUUCCCAGUUUUGCAGAAAUUUCCUGAGCUCAUGGAAUUAACGAUUAAAUCUCCAACUAAGACGAUAUAUAAUAUUGUCAGAGACAUACACGAUGAAUUAGAAGAACAACAUGAUCAGAUAUUCGUAAUUUAUACAAUUGGAUCCCAAGAAAAUCACUCUUUUGAACAGAUUCCUGAAUGGUUACAAAGCAAAUAUAAAGACACCGUAAGAAACGAUUUACCACCGAGAGAACUACAAGGUGACACCAAUAUCUUUCACGAUAUAGAACUCAAGGAGGGUGCACAGAUUCCCAGAUCACAGCCAUACAGACUAACACCUAAAUUGCAAACUGAAGUCGAUACAAUAAUUAAAGAUCUUAUUGACAAGAAAUUUGUAGUACCUUCUAAAUCACCAUUUAGUUCACCUAUUGUAAUGGUUAAGAAAAAAGAUGGGUCAUACCGACUAUGUGUCGACUAUCGGAAAUUAAACAAAGCCACGGUUAAGGAUCCAUUUCCUUUACCACUCAUCGAUCAUGCGUUAGCUAAAAUUGGUUCAGCCACAAUAUUUACUACUCUGGAUUUACAUAGUGGAUACCAUCAAAUCUCAAUGAAGGAACAAGAUCGAUACAAGACCGCAUUUGUCACGCCCAACGGUAAGUACGAAUAUACUGUCAUGCCCUUUGGUUUAGUCAAUGCACCAAGUACAUUUUCCAGGUACAUGGCAGAUCUAUUCAGAGACUUAAAAUUUGUAAAUGUCUAUUUGGAUGACAUACUAAUAUUUUCCACCACCUUGAACGACCAUUGGAACCAUCUAGAUAUUGUAUUUAAUAGAUUAAAGAAUGUUGGAUUGAUAGUAAAGAAGAAGAAAUGCACCUUUGCAGCCGAGGAAGUAGAGUAUUUAGGAUAUAAUGUGGGAGUACGUGGAAUACUGCCUAUACAAAACAAGUGUCAAGCCGUAAAAGACUUCCCAACACCAACAACUAUUAAGGAGGCACAACGAUUUUUAGGAUUAGUUAACUACUAUCGAAGAUUUAUUCCCCAUUGCGCUGAUAAAACUGAACCCAUACAGAAAUAUGUAACAGGACAGACAGAGUGGUCUGACCUGCAGGAUAAAGCAAUGGUGGAAUUGAAAGAUAUUCUCUCGUCAGAGCCGGUGCUAGUUGCAUUCAGACCGGAUGGGUUGUACAGACUAACGACUGACGCAUCUAAGAAUGGUGUCGGUGCAGUUUUAGAAGAAGUGACAGAGACUGGUAAACUGAAAGGAGUUGUGGGAUACUUCUCACACUCUUUGAAAGGACCAGAGAGAAAUUAUCCUGCAGGAGAGUUAGAAUUGCUAGGUAUUGUAUCAGCGUUGAAACAUUUCAAGUAUUUGCUACAUGGAAGACAUUUUGUCUUACGAACCGAUCACGUAGGACUGUUGUCUAUACGUAAGGAAGGUGAGCCUUCCACGAGAGUGCAGAGAUGGCUAGAUCUAUUAGCGGACUUUGAUAUCGAUUUGCAAUAUUUGCAAGGAAAGAAAAAUGUAGUGGCUGAUGCAAUAUCAAGAAUGGAAGGCAACGACCUAGAAGCAAGAAACAAGCGAUCUGAGAAUGUAAUUCAUGCUCUAGAUCAUGUGAUUGAGAUCGACCCGACUAAAUGGAUGGAUGAUUGGAAGAGAGACCCAUUUAGUGCAGCAGCAAUUCAGACAUUUGGAGUUAAAGAUGUGGUAGUUUUUGCAGAAAAAGAUGAGAAACUGUACAGGAAGUACGUUAAACAGAUAAAUGAAUCACGAAGGUUCAGAUCUCGUUUCGAGUAUGAAGAAAAUGUAUUAAGAUACAACGGAAAAGUAGUCGUACCCAGAGGAAGACAAUCACAGAUAUUGGGAGUUUACCAUGACCACGGAUUAUUUGGAGGUCAUUUUGGAGUUAAUGUUACUUUUAAUAAGAUUAACACUGACUACUAUUGGUCUCAAAUGUAUGUGACAAUUAAGGGUUACAUCGAAUCAUGUAUACAAUGUCAACUUAUGAAAACUCAUAGGAGACACAAACAAGGAUUGCUAAUACCAUCAGAAGUUCCUGACGGAAGAUGGUUAGAUAUUUCUAUUGAUUUUGCAUUAGGAAUGCCUAAGACAAGAUCAGGCAAUCAGGUGAUCAUGGUUGUUGUAGAUAAGUUUUCGAAAAGAGCACACUUCAUUGCGUCCUCAUUUCCAUUAUCCGCAGCAGAAACAGUUAAGCUGUUAUUCAGAUAUGUAUUUUCAUAUCACGGUUUUCCACGAACAAUAACUAGUGACAGAGAUGUACGAUUCACUGCAAAAUUUUAUGAAGAAGUUACACGUAGAUUAGGCAUAAAGUUAACUAUGUCAUCGACGAAUCAUCCACAGACUGACGGCCAGUCUGAGAGAGUGAUCCAGACUCUAAAUCGGUUAUUAGCAACAUAUGUGUUGUUCGAACCUGAGUAUUGGGAUGAUUACUUACCACAGAUAGAGUACGUGUACAACUCAACUCCAAACCGUAUUCAUAAGAAAUCACCGUUUGAAGUGGAUCUAGGAUAUCUACCGACAGAACCGCUGUUGGCUACUGCAGAUAGAUUGUCAGCAAGACAUGAGGGAGCGGCCGAGAUGAUUCAACAUAUGAGAGUACUCACCGAGAGAGCAAAAGAGUGUUUACGAGAUACACAGGUAGAUAUGGAGAUCAGAACGAAUCAUGGAAGAAGAAUGGUAAGGUUAGAAAUAGGUGAUUACGUAUUGGUGCAUAGGGAUGCAUAUUAUCAAGAAGUACCUUAUCCGAAGAUACAACCACUUUACAUUGGACCAUAUAAGGUCGUGAAGCAAGUGAAUGAGAAUGCCUACGAGAUAGAUAUACCAACUACUAGUCGGAAACGUAGAACAGUUAAUAUAACCUACUUGAAGAAAUACAAAGAGAGAUCAGAUAUGUAUUUCAGAGAACCACCUCACACUGAAGAAGAGAAGGAGGAGAGAAUAGAAGAGGUUAUAGCGCUAGUAGGAGAAGAUGAUAAGAAUAAAAAGUAUUAUUGCUUAUUCAAAGGAGUAGACCCGAAGAUAACAGUUGAGUUAUCGAAAAAACAAUUUAAUAGAAUACCAACAACGAAAAGAUUAAAUAUGCUGGCGACAUUUAUGCAAUUAGUAGGAACUCUUCGAGAGGAAGAAGAGGGAGAAGAUGUCGUAAUGAAUUAG